AUGGCCACCACGACCACCACGGCCACUCCGGCCACUCCGGCCACUCCGGCCACCGCCGCCAAAGCCCUGGAGACAGUCAAGAGCAAGGACAUGCAGAAGGCGGCCAUCCACUAUCCCUUCUGGUUCGGAGGCUCUGCGAGCUCGUUUGCGGCCGGCGUGACGCAUCCGCUCGACCUCGGUACGACCGCCGACCCGUUCCGCGCCCCAAGUAACCAAUCCCUGCAGGUCCGCCUCCAGACGCAGCCGCACGAUGGCGCCCGCAAAAACAUGCUGCAGAUGUUCGUCCACGUCGCCAAGACCGACGGCGUGACGGGACUGUACCGUGGGCUGUCGGCCUCCCUGCUCCGCCAAAUCACCUACAGCACCACCCGCUUCGGCAUCUAUGAGAAACUGAAGACCUCCAUGACCACUUCCACCUCGAAACCCUCCAUGCCCACGCUGAUUGCCAUAUCUUCCGCCUCUGGCUUUCUGGGCGGCAUUGUCGGGAACCCCGCCGAUGUGCUGAAUGUCCGCAUGCAGCACGACGCUGCCCUGCCUCCUGCCAACCGCCGCAACUACAAGAACGCCUUUGACGGCCUGGUCCGGAUGACGCGCGAGGAGGGCGCCAAGAGCCUGUUCCGCGGUGUUUGGCCCAACAGCAUGCGUGCCGUUCUGAUGACCGCUUCGCAGCUCGCCUCGUACGACGGCUUCAAGGCCGCCAUUCUGGAAUACACCCCGCUGCAGGACGGCCUCGGCACCCAUUUCGCCGCCAGCUUUGCUGCCGGUUUCGUCGCCACAACUGUUUGCUCUCCUGUCGAUGUGAUCAAGACUCGCGUUAUGAGUGCUCAUGGCGAGAGCAAGAGCCUGGUGAAGCUGCUCGUUGAUGUCAACCGCGCCGAGGGCUUUGGCUGGAUGUUCCGGGGCUGGGUCCCCAGCUUUAUCCGCCUGGGCCCCCAUACUAUCGCCACCUUCCUUUUCCUGGAACAGCACAAGAAGCUCUACCGGAAGCUCAAGGACAUCGAAUCGUAA